AUGGAGAAUCCUUGGGUACUGCUUAACAAAGACAUUUCCUGGGUCUUUUUGACACAUUUUUACGAUGUUGUUGUUGAAUUCAUACUGCGCAACAGCAUACUCGCUAUACGCUUCGACAGAUUGCCAGACGAUAACGAACCAACAAGCGAACUUGACCUUUUUUAUGGCAAAAAUUGGCUUAGUGCAUUAUAUCAGGCUAUGAUAACUAUUAUGACAAUUCCAAUUUUUAUAUUUUACCCGCUUCUGAUGUUGAACGCUUUGGACAGAAACGUCACUCGUCCAGCUUCACCAGCAUUAAACUCAUACCCAGACGAGAAAUGGUUUUUCAUCAACGGUGUGGUUGUAGAUAAAGGAUGGUUGGACGAGAACUGCAAGUAUCUGGAGAAACGUUUUGGUAGAGGAGUUACAGGCAUUUUAAAUAAGUCUUAUGGUGUUAUAUGGGAUUUAAUAGAAUCCAUUCUCCAGAGGUGCUUCAGUGUCCAAACCAUAUCAGUACACUGGGCAGCGUAUAAUAUUCUUCAAGCGCUUAGAGACAAGAAUUGUGCAACGGUUCGACUAAUUGCACAUUCACAAGGCGCUAUCAUAGCGAAUUUGGCCAUUCAAAAAAUAUAUAUCGAACUGAGUCGCACGGGAAAGCAAGACGAUCUCAAGAAACUCGAAGUAUAUACGUUUGCUAGUGCGUCUCGAGAGUUCUUGAACCCUGGUAACCUCAUUCAUUGCAUCGAACAUUAUGCAAAUAGACAAGAUCCGAUUGCCAAAUUUGGUGUUCUGAGCCAACUCAAUAAUGAUCGUUUUCAAGGUGAAAUUUUUGUCAACAGCUAUAGAAAUCAAGGCAAGGGACAUUUGUUUAACGCGUUCUAUAGUCUUGAUAAGAUCGACUACACUCAUGUGAGAAACAACGAGGAGGCUAUCCCUGUGUUGCUUCAAUUACCUGGACGUGUAGACAAUUUGCCGAUACAAAUAUGA